CCGCGCAUCAGCCAGUGACGGUCGGGCGGCGUAAUGGGAUGAAUGGAGAUUGUGUUGAUUACACGGAGGCGGCGGCGGAGCUUCCAGACGCUUCCCCGGUGACUGCGCGCUAACAGACGGCCGAGGCGACGCAGGGAGCCGGCGGACCUUCCACCAACCGGGGACCGCGGAGGGAACUCGCUCCGUGUCGCAGUUCGUGGCGGUUUUAGGGACGAGGGGGCGCUGGGUUUCGCAGCGAGGACACCGGUCGGGAGAGGCGGACACACGCGCACACGCACCGGCGGGCGGGUCGGUUCCUCCGACGUCGGGGGGGGAGAAACAGGCUCGCGGAGACAAAGCCUGUCUUCUGCUUGGACGUCUGUCUGUCUCUGUUUCCGUCUGUGACAAGUGUCUUCUGUAGCCGCCAUCAUUCUGUGCUGUAAGGCCGACCCCAAAAUGUCUUCCAACGGAGACCUCAGCGACCCGGGGAGCUCUGACAGCUUCUGGGAGCCGGGGAACUACAAGCGGACGGUGAAGCGCAUCGACGACGGCCACCGGCUGUGCAACGACAUGGUCAGCUGCUUCCAGGACCGGGCGAAGAUCGAGAAGGGUUACGCUCUGCAGCUGAGCGACUGGGCCAGGAGGUGGAGGGGCGUGGUGGAGAAAGGGCCUCAGUACGGCACGCUGGAGAAAGCCUGGCACGCCUUCAUGCAGGCGGCCGACCGCCUCAGCGAGCUGCACCUGGAGCUGCGCGAGCGGCUGGCGUGCGAGGACGGCGAGAAGGUGCGCAGCUGGCAGAAGGACGCCUUCCACAAGCAGAUGAUGGGCGGCUUCAAGGAGACCAAGGACGCGGACGACGGCUUCCGCAAGGCGCAGAAGCCCUGGGUCCGCAAGCUGAAAGAGGUGGACGCCACUAAGAAGAGCUACCAUCAGGCCAGGAAGGAGGAGUGGACGGCGGUUACCAGGGAAACGCACGCCAAGGCCGACCCGACCAAGUCUCAGGAGGAAGUCCGCAAAUUCACAACCCGAGCGGAGCGCUGCGGCGAGGAGGCCGACAAAGUGAAGCAGCGCUACACGAAGGCCCUGGAUGAGCUGAACCGCUGUAACCCGCGUUACAUGGAGGACAUGGAGCAGGUGUUCGACUUGACCCAGGACGCCGAGCGCAGGAGGCUGCGCUUCUUUAAAGACGUCCUGCUGGACAUCCACACACACCUCGACCUGUCCGUCAAAGACGGGUUCAAAGGCCUGUACCGGGACCUGGGACAGACCAUCCAAGCAGCCAAUGACGCUGAAGACCUGCGAUGGUGGAGGAACACCCACGGACCGGGCAUGAGCAUGAACUGGCCCCAGUUUGAGGAGUGGUCUCCGGAGGCCAGUCGCUCCAUCAGCCGGAGGGAGCGAGGAGGACGCGAGGAGGACAACGUGGUCACCCUCACCAACAUCGUGUCCUCGGGCGGAGGCGACGCCCCGCCCAGCCCCAUCACCGUGGACACCGGCAGGGGGAAGGACUCCUCGUCAGACUGGUCCGACGAGGAGUCUCCUCCCAAGGCGGUGAACGGCGUGAUGGAGGAGGAGCGCGAGGAGGGGGAGGAGACUCGGGUAGAGGGGGUGCGAGUCCGAGCGCUCUACGACUACACGGGCCAGGAGGCCGACGAGCUCAGCUUUAAAGCAGGCGAGGAGCUGCUGAAGAUGAGCGAGGAGGACGAGCAGGGCUGGUGUAGAGGUCAGCUGAGCGGCGGCCAGGUCGGCCUCUACCCCGCCAACUACGUCCAGGCCGUCUCCUCCUGAUGCCCCGCCCCCCCCUCUGCGGUCGCCCAGCUACACCCGAGACGCCAGGACCAAUCAAAAGCUUUUAGCGCCGACAUGCAGACGGUGACGCCCAACGGUUUGUUUAACGGACUCAGUUUGUUUCUGGACAAACGGCCACGUUGUUUUUGUUUUUUGUGGAUAAAAGGUCGUUUCCUGUAACCGAGGAGUCCAGCGUCCCGCCGAGCACGACGCCGUAGGGAAACACGGGACGCCGUGGUUUCCCUUUUCACUUGUCACAAAAUCCACAUGAACGCAAAAAGGAGAAAACCUGGUUGAUGGCGUUCAACAGGGCGGACUGUGAUUGGCUGAAACAUCUGUCAAUCAAACACAUGGCUUUGACAGUUUCGGUGAAUCCGCUUGCUUUGGUUGCUGGUAAGAAUCCAGCCUGUUAGCUUAGCUUAAAGACAGGAAGACUUUUGGAAUUGAAAGUCCUUUUCAUUUUUUUUCUUCAUUUUCAUGUUACACGAGCACCUCUACAGUUACCGACUGUUUUAGAAAGUAUUUAGUUCCUUGUUGAAGAGUCAAAGUAUCAAAGUGCGUUGAAACUACCUGGAUGCGUUUUUUUGGCAAGAAUCACCUGAUUGACCCUCCUCUAUGCCCCGCCCCCAGCUUCUAGUCAGAGCCGGCUGAUGCUACGCUGUGAUUGACCACUCUGCGUCUGGGGGCGGGACUUAGCGACUGGUCAGUCACCAGGUUGUUUGUAAAAGAUUAAAAAAGCCAAGUUAACCAUUGUAUGUUAAUUCUUAACCUCAACUGUCUUCGGUAGCGGCUCGCCUUCUAGUCAAGCUUAACUAACUAGCUGACAGCUAACUAACGGCGCUGAGAAGUCUGCUCUUGAUAAUCAGAAUGUAAACAACAUCAAGGAAGCAUUUAGCUGUUUAUGCUACAAAUGUUCUGCUACUAAAACUAUAUUUUUUUUAAAGUCUUAGUAUUCUCAACAUUAAAUAAAAUCAACUUAUUGUGUGGGCGGGAAAAUAUGAUUUUAGUAGAACACUUUUUCCAGCCUUUGACCGUUUGAGGAACUGCAGCUGGAAGCUGCUCAGCAGCUCUGAUCAAAAGAGGUGAAACAAACACUGGCGGUGCCUUAAGUGUCCGAGAGGAACCACAGCUCCCAGUAGCAACCAGCAGCAACCAGUAGGAACCAGUAGGAACCAGACUAAAGACUUUUGAUUGGCUCAUUCACUUCAACAUUGUUAUGCUUCACUUAUCUGGGAUGUUUUUAUGUGUUACCUGUACGUUUGUAUCACGUCAACGUUGAUUGACACGUAAACUGUCGCUACCCUGUUUCUUUUUGUUAAAGAAUAGCAUUUUUACGGUCAACAUUUUUACUUACCUAAUUUAUUCUGCUCUUUAAUUUAGUGAAUCUUUCUUCAUUUCAGGGCGGAGAGAGUGAAGCUGACUCUUUUAGAUUUGGGUGGUUUUGUAGUUUUCGUUUAGUCCGCGAUCACAAAGCACUUCAAUCAUGUGGAAUAAUGAAUAAUAUGUUACGACACCUUCCCCGACGUGGGGUUUGUUUCCCUGUUUUUUAUUUGGGGGAAACUCUUCCAACUCCUAACCAGCCAUUAAUAAGAGAUUUAGUUAUAAAACGCUUCAAGGCUGCGUCUUUAUUCUUUCUUUUUCUUUAAGACGUCAUUACGUGUACAGAACAAAUUGGGAAGCAACAAUAAAAAGCUUUCUUUACCCG